CCGCAGAAAUGAGCCAACGCAGACGACAGUAGUUCCCAUUAGUUCCUCAUUUGUAUACAUCCUUGGUAAGAGCAGUAAGGUGAGGGUUACAGCGCAACCUAGCUAUCAAACAUUUGCAAACAUUUUAGAGCAGAGAAGUGGGAGGUGCCUCGACCCAUCUCGCUUCAUUUUCCUUCUCAGUUCGCCACAGCCAGCACGAGUUAGCUUACUACCAGGACAGACAGGGGGCAAUUCCUCAGCUAAUGACAGCCGCUCCAUGAACCCUAUAGCGUAAAUGUAUGGACAAUCUGAUGCUUUUUGUGCACUCGGUCUCAGCAUCCAUCAUUCCUACAGCGCCCAGGAAUCUCGCCAUUCCGAAAGCCUCAGACGUGUUUGUUUUUAAUUUCCAGCUUUUCUAUAAACAUGCUAACCUCUUGAAGAUUGUCAGCAGGAUACCUAUUAUCUCCUGCAAGUUUUCUUCCUGAUAUCCCGCAUUCGUCCAUCGCUGUGUCUUCCGAGCGUGUGCCUAGAAAGAAAAUUAAUCAGAUUGUGGAUUAUGAUGCUGCCAUUCUAAGGAUGUACGUCAGUUUUCUGUAAUAAUGUUCGGUAUUAUUUAGUCAAACUAUUUUCAAGUGCAUCCGCGAUUAUCGAGGAAUUUUGUUACACAUGAUAUCUUGUUUUGGAACUGGCCCAAUACUGCCUACUCCUUUGGAUAUACAUGUACAACACAUUAUGUAAAUCACCAUAGUAUAUUCAGGAUAACCACGACUGAGCUGUUGAUGGCCUGCUGCAAAUGAAAACGGACAAGGAAGCUUUGACACGGGAUAUGUUUGGAAGAGACCAAGAGUAGCGUAACAUCACAAACAGCCCGUCAAACCAGGGCAUGUGAGUUAAACCUUGCAUUGUUUUGCUGCCUCGACAUUUCUGUCUCUCCUCGGAACGAAUGCAUUGCUGACGUCGGCCGCCUGAGGACGUGCGUCAAAUUUGAUGUAAAUACAAACUUGACCGACUUCAGAGGGAGCUCGACUCUUUGGAGAAACGAACACGCAAAAUGGAGAAAAACGCCAUUAUUUUUUUUACAUCAGCGUCCAAGCGUCCCUUUUCUAAAAACGGGAUUCUUCUCGCCUGUGUUUCAUUUUUAUUCUUAACUACAUUCUUUCUGCUGGCCAAUGAUUCACAUGCUACACUAUAUUCACGAAGACAUGAUUUACCUCUCACAAACAAGGAUAGAGGUCAAGAUGCAAACCAUUCAAAUCGAGUUACAGUUGCUAAUGUUUCCUGCGGAAGAUUAACGAUAGACCAUGGUUGCUAUCAAAUAGUCCAGGACCAGCCACCUCAAUUUAUGCUCAAGAAGUCUUCGGAAUUACGUCUACUCAACUGCUCCAAAAGGGCGCCCUCCACGAUCGUAAUAGGGACCAAGAAGAGUGGCACGACAACGCUUAAGAACUUUCUGAGCUAUCAUCCAGAUGUCGCGUUUGCUGAGAAAGAGCUCAAGUUCAUCAAUAAUCACAAUCUCGUCACAUUGGAUGAAUACAGCUCCUUAAUGCCAUACUCGACACCGCAGCAGGUGACCAUGGAAAAAACACCGGGAUAUUUCAUUCGCCUCGUGGUGGCCAAACGUCUGAAAAUCGCCAUUCCCGACGUUAAGUUCAUCGUCAUCAUCCGCGAUCCCGUCAACCGUGCUAUCUCUGACUUCGUACACAUGAGGUACGUAGAUGUAACGAGUGUUGAUGGUGCAAAGCUGCUCCAUAUUAAACCCAAAUAUGGAAAUAAAAUCAGGUACGAAGCUUUUGAAACAUUCAGGGAGUCUGUCCUCUUUCAAAAUGGCACCGUCAAGGACUACAAUUCACUCGUCGACUCCGGUAUCUACGUCAAAUAUUUUCGCCAAUGGCUUCAGUACUUUCCCUUAGACCGGUUUCUUAUCCUUGAUGGAGAGGAGUUUGUCAAGGAUCCAACUCCCACAAUGCACCGUGUAGAAUCCUUCCUGGGUAUCCGGCAGUUUUUCACCGAGGACCACUUCUACUUUGAUGAGCAAAAACAUUUCUACUGUUUGAAAGAACCACUCAAUACUUGUAUGGCGAAAGGAAAGGGGCGCCCUCAUCCGCAGGUGGAUGAUUAUGUGAUCAACAAAUUGAGUGAAUUCUACAGGCCUUAUAACAUGGAGUUAGAAAACUUGUUAAACAGAACGUUCCCAUGGUCAUGACAACGAAUUUAAUGUAAAUAAGUGUAGAUUACUCCGUAAGAAUGUUGGUAAAUAUUCUCCUAUUUACAAAAAUAUGAUUUUGUGAUUGGCUCAACAAAUAAUUAACAUGGUAUGGGUACUGAAAGAAAUUCCAUGUACAUGCUCCAUAUCACAUACUUCACGUUGUAACUAUAACUAUACAUUUAAGCAAGGCAAGUGCACUACUUCAUAUUGUUAGGAUGUGAGGGAAUAUCCACCUAAAACGUGUUGAGAAUUUAUGCUUACCAAUGAAAGAAAACACCUUGUGAAAUAUUUCACUUUGAAGCAUGUCUUUUGUGGGUAUUUUUGGUAAUUUUUCAUAUAAAUGCAAACAGGAAAUAAAAGAUAUUGAAGAAAAAAAAAUAGUAAUACAUUGAAUAAGAAUCAAUUAAAAAAAAUUAAAAAAACAUGCACUGCGAUGUGUAUUACUAUGAGCUUCCCUUGGAAAAUAGAUAAGUUUGUCUGUGUAAAGUCAAUUUUUUGAAUUUGUUUAUAGUUGUAGUUUCGAACUGUCGAGCAAUGCUAUUCUGAAUUGUAUGUAUGUUUGAUAUAGACGCUGAUCCUUCCCUUGCUCUGUCGACAUUUGCUCCGGGCUUUAUCUUGUCAAAGGAACAGGGUUAUGGUAAGGGUUGCAAUUGGGGUUUAGAUUAGGGUUAAGGUUAGGGGUAGGUUUAGCGUUUUUCUAGGUUAAAGUUUAGGAUUUACGUCAAUGUAGGAAAUUAACCGCGGAGCGAUUGUCACCGGAGCAUGACUUAUCAUACAACCUCACAACUAUCCAAAUCAACAAUUUGUGACUACUUUUUUGUAAUGUCAUGAAGCGCGGGGAGUAUGUUAUGGGGUUCAUGUUGCGUCAUAUGCAAAAUGAAUCCAGUGAACGUUCGACCGCAAAUUUUGAAUAAUCAAGGAGUAUAUUAUUAUUUGGGGGGAUUUCAAAAUUCACCUACAUGAAAAUACAAACAUGCUGAGUUAAGUAUUUGUCAAUACCAUACAUUCAUGAUUCAGAAAUAUGUACAUAUUAUCUCAGGGAAUUUCUAUCGUCGAGACAUAACAGUGUAAUGAAAGCAAAUAUCAUGAACUGAAAGGGACCCCCUCCCCCUUCACCUCCCCCACCCCCAAAGGAAGAGGCAAAACAGGUGUUUUUGGUCCAGUGGAAAGUCCCUAUUCUGUUGAUUACAAGAUGCGAGGUCGGAUCCCUGACACGGCACCGAAUCCCAUAUAAUGUAUGCCACAGGAUAAGGGGAUUUUUAUCUUUGGUGCCUGGAAAAAUUGAUACUGACGUAAAUCAAUAUUCUUUUCUUAUUCGGAUUUCUUAUUAAAUGUUUUAAAUUUAUCACAACUACCCCCCCCCCCCCGC